CCUCUUCGUCUUCGCCGUCAUCGUCGUCGUCUUCGUCGUCGUUGUCGUCGUCUAGGGAAAGGUGGAAUGAAACAAGGAGUCCCGCUGAGCGCGCGCGCGGCCCUGUUGUUCGUCAUUGUAUGCGGGAUAAAUACUUAUUUAACGGUGGAUUGGUACGCAGGAUAUGAGCAGUUUGUCAAGCGCAACCUGACUCUGCUCCCUCAUCAGCAAAUUCAUCCGCAGCAGCAGCAGCCGCAGCAGCAGCAGCAGCAGCCGCCGCAGCAGCAACAUCAUCAUCAUCAUCACCAGCAGCAGCAGCAACAGCACCAACAGCACCAACAACAACAGUCGCAGCAACAGCAGCAACAACGGGAGUUACAGCCACAGCAGCUGGCUCAGUCGCAACAAAACAUAAUGACCUCUAUGUUUGACCAACAGAUUAAGAGCGAGCCAAUGGGCUUUUAUUCUGUUGCUUCUAGUCGAUCAGACGGGUCUAAUUCUAUGGUUAAUUUGUCAGACGACAGGGAAGACCUUUCACAACAAGAAGGACAUUUGCAAUCUCAACAACAGUCAUCGUUGCAGCUGAGCCAACAGCAACAAAAUCAACAACAGAAUCAACAGCAGAAUCAACAGCAGAAUCAACAGUCGCAGCAGAAUCAACAGAGUCAAAACAUGCCACAAGACAGUCCUGGUCGUCAGUCUACCGGUCAACAAACCAGCAAGGAAGGCUCCAGAUCUAAGCCACAGCCUUGUAAAGUCUGCGGCAAGGUUUUAUCAUCGGCGUCCUCCUAUUACGUACACAUGAAACUUCAUUCGGGUAACAAGCCUUACCACUGUACUGUGUGCGAAGCAAGCUUCUGCCGUAAGCCUUAUUUGGAGGUACAUAUGAGAACUCAUACAGGCGAACGGCCGUUUCAAUGCGAGCUAUGUUUGAAAAGGUUCACGCAAAAGAGCAGUUUGAAUACUCACAAGCGCGUGCAUACGGGCGAACGGCCGUACGCCUGCGACAUCUGUCAAAAACGUUUCGCGGUAAAGAGCUACGUAACGGCACAUCGUUGGAGCCACGUCGCGGAGAAACCUUUGGUCUGUGACAGGUGUUCCUUGACGUUUACGUCCAAGAGUCAAUUCGCCAUACACAUUCGUACGCAUACGGCGGGCGCCACAUACGAUUGUAAUAUUUGCGGGCGUACCUUUGUACGGGACAGCUACUUGAUAAGGCAUCACAAUCGGGUUCAUCGCGACAUGGGUCAAAGCGGCUCAAAUCACAAUCCGUCGACGCCACAGAGUACAGCAGGAGGAGCAUCAGGUACCGGCUUUGAAAGUCCGGUAUGCGAUUUACGUUACAACGAGGGACCAUCGUCGUUGGACGGUCUACCCGGUGGGAAAGGUGGUGGUAUAGCAGCUGAGAUUGCUAGCUUAGCCAAGCAAAACAGUCUACAACUUCCUCUACCGUUACUGCAUCCGCAGACAACCAACUAGUGUUUAGACGGCAGCGCGUCAC